UUACCAAUAAUUAGUAAAUUUGUAAAUAUAUAGUAGUAUAAGAACUUGAAAAAAAAAGUCAAUAGUUAUAGGUUAGGUUUAAAAUUAUGGCUGGGUUAAAAUUGGAUCAGGUUAAAAUCGGGUCGGGUUAAUAUCAGUUCGGGAUAAAACAGAUCAGAUUAAAUCGAUUAUUUUCGGGUCAUUUUCGGAUUGGGUCGAGUCAAAUCGAGUCAAAUCGAUUCGGUUUGAGUUCAAGUCGGGUCAUAUCGGGUUUGAGUUGAGUUCAAGUCUGGAUAAAUUGUUACCGAGUUAAGUUCAGAUCGGGUUAAAUUCAGAUUCGGAUUAAGUUCGGGUCAGGUACAGAUCAAAUUGAAUUGGUUACAUUUCAAAUGGAUAAUUUUUUUUUCGAAUGGGUUCGGCUUUGACACCUCUAGCUACAAACAACGCGGGUAAAAAGUUUAGUGAAUUAAUUGCAGCAUUCUCAGUUUCUCACUCUCCCCUAUUCGCUCUCCUUCUUUUCUCUCCCAUUCUCGGUUUCUCACUCUCCCUCUUCGCUCUCCCAUUCUCAGUUUCUCACUCCCCCGCUUCGCCUCACUCUUUCUCAAUUCAAGGUUCUCCUUGUCGCCGGAAUAGAGGUACCGCCAGGUCGCCGCUGGUAAAGAGCUCCGCGUCGCUCUUCCUUCAUCUUCUCUUGUUGCCGUGUGUAAUUCAACCUUUACUUAAGGUAAACUUAAGACAUGGCUGAUCCAGGUGGUGGUUGGUGGUCUUGGGUCAGAGGUAUUUUGGACAAAAUUGUAUCAUGGAUACUCACUGGAAAUGUAAGUGAUAAUUCUGUCAAAAUCGCUCGGUUUGUGUUUCUUGGGUUGCUCUAUUGGAGCUUUAUGAUGGCUUUGUUGGUGUACAUGAUGGGUUUUAGUGGGAAAACUGUGAUUUUAUCUCCAUUCACAUUUCAAUUUAAUAACUUGGGCUAUAAUUCUGAGACAAGUUCAAGUGGGAGAUAUGUAAGGUAUAGUGACAUCAGUGGAGAAGUUACUAAGGUUUACAAGGGCUUUGAUGGAGUUGUUGGUAUGGGAAUUUCAUGGAGUAAGACUGAUUUGACAGAAAAUUUACAGAACAAGGUUUUUCUUGAGGAGAAGUGUGCAGAAGCUAAUAUGAUGAAGACUUAUGAUGCUGAUAAUAUAGUAAAAUGCUACCAGUCUUUAAUUGAUUAUGAGGGAAGAGUAAUCCAUAUGAUUACUGAAUUUUUUCCUUUAGGGAAUUUGGUACAGUAUCUUAGCCAAUAUAACUCUGAAGGCUAUACUGCAAUCAAGAAUUGGUGUAGUCUGCUUAUGGAGGGGAUUAAAUUUGUUCACAGCAACCUAUUGCUUUAUCAUUGUGACAUUAAUGGUGAUAACAUGGUAAUCACUGGGAAAACAGCAAGGGUCGUUAUUGGAAAAUUUGGCUUCUCAUUAUAUGUGGAACAAGGGAGCUGUCUAAAACAUUAUGGCUCAUACACUUUUGGAAUGUGCAUACUAGAGAGGGUAACCAGGGAGCCACUGUACAGUGAAUGCACUACCAAACUUGAAUUUUUGGCACACUUCAAGUCUCGUGCAAAGCAUCUUGUGUUAAAUAAUGUGACAUCGACAAAAAUUCUCCAAGUCUUGAGCGAAUGCUUGACUACAACAUCGGAAAGAUCUAGUAUUUGAGCCUGGAAUAUAGCUGCAUAGUACUGAAAUAUAGCUGCAUAGUACUGUGGGAAACAGUGUAAUUGAUCAAAUGUUUGAGUACAACAUCGGAAAUGAUUGUAUGUACAUACAUAGCUUGAAUGUUUUAGAUCCAGUGACAACUAUCUUCUUGUGGAACUGUCGAUAUUUUUUUGUGUUCCUAAUACUGUGGGAAACAGAGUACUUGAUAAGUACGAAAUGUAUCAUAUAUCCUGCGAAUUUUUUUUUUCUUUUUUUUUUCCCUCAUAUUUGGGGUACAUUUAGGGUCGUUCGGGAUUAGCCUGGUCAAUUAAGAGGAAGAUUAGGAAUAGACGCCUGAAAUUGGACCAGGUAAUCCAUUUCUGGAGAGUGGUCAAGUAUUUCUGUUAUAAACAGUGACUUCUUUCUCCAUCAGAAUCCUUUCUGUGAAAUCUGAAGGGAUGUAAGUUUAAUAAGCUUAAAAGUAAGGAUUGUUAAUAUGGAGUAUAUAUUGCCAAUGACUGGUGAUAUCAAUGGUAUAUAGAUAUCCUUGGGAAGAAAUGUGUUGAACUGAGCUCAUUCUAAGUUUGGGUUUAGCUUGAAGUUCACUGAACCUCAAUAGCUUUAACCUAGAUUCAGACUGGUCAUUUAUAACUCAGCUGGAAGUGUUAAGUAAUUUAUUGAGUCGGUCUUUUCUGACAUCUAUUGUGGAAAAACUGAAUGAGUAUACAAAAUGUGAUUCAAUCAUUGUGGAAAAACAGAAUGAGUAUGCUUCUUGCAAGUGGAGAUAUUCUAUCUUGGUGUUUCAGCUUCAGUCACUUCUUUUGCCAUACUGCGGAUUUAAAGCCAUAAUAGCAACAUUAUUAAUCUGAAUGUAGCGACAUUGCUAGAUUAGGUCAUUAGGACGAUCUUGGUGUAGGGUUUUUAUUUUUUUUUAUUAUUAUUUUUUUUCAUAUUUGGGGUACAUCAAGGGCCGUUCAGGGUUUUCCUGAUCAAUUAAGAGGCGGAUUAGGAAUAGAUGCCUGAAAUUGGAUCAGAUAAUCCAUUCCUGCAGAGUGGUCAAGUUUAUAAUCCUAUAUGUGAAUUCUAAAGGGAUGUAAGUUUAUAAGCAUAAAGCAGGGAUUGUUAGCAAACUAUGGAGUAUAUAUUGCCAAUGACUGGUGACAUCAAUGGUAUAGAUAUCCUUGGGAAGAAAUGUGCUAAACUGAGCUCAUUCUCAGUUUGGGCUUAGCUUGAAGUUCACUGAACCUCAAUAGCUUUAACUGAGACUCGGACUAGUAACUUGUUACUCAGCUGAAAUCGUUAAGUGAUCUAUUGAGUUGGGUCUUUUCUGACUUCUCUGGCCGAUCAUCUACACAUUGGGUUGUGACAGUUUGGUUCAGGCUUGGGGCUAGGGUUGGCUCAGGCUUUGGUCAAUCUGAGCAUUUUUUUUAGUCAGUCAUAUACAUACAGUUCAUGGAGCAUUUUUUGGCAACCUAUCCUUAUCCUUUACCGGGAGUACUCUAACUGCAACAAUAUAUACUUCACAUGCAAAGUUCAAUACUCAGUUGUGCUAUUAACUGUACUUUAAAAUUUCUGAAUCUCUUGUUUCAAAAAAAAAUAAAAAAUAAAAAAAAAUUAAAAAAUUAAAAAAAAAAAUAAUUCCUAAUGUCUGUCAUCCCAACUAUCCUAUUUUUUUUUUUUUUACGAGACCAACUAUCCUACUUUAUUCUUCCAUCAAUCCCACUAUGUUUAUAUUUUAUUACUUUCUACGAAAUUCUAUUUAUCAAACUUUGCACAUAUAAAAUUGAACAAAGUAAUAAUUUAUAGAGGGUGUUAUAUGUUCCGUAUAACUUUACGCAAUAUUUUUUGGUUACACCCGUGUAUCACAUUGACACUAAUCUAGUCUUCUUAUGAAUUAGGUCAUCUUCCUCCCUUUGUUCUUACAUUCUCUUUUGCACCCAAAUUUUUGAAUUCAAAAAAUCAUGCAUAAAAAAUCAUCGAUUUCGAUCUACAACCUACUUCGCAAAAACCCUUUUACCCAAUCUACAAAACCCAAUUUUUUUUCUCUUUUCAAAUCACUUGCACCAAUUUCUAUUCACAAAUGUUCACUCUCAAAACCCACAAUUUCUUCCAAACCCACUUCAACUUUCCCCCAUUUCAACCACCCAUCAUCCUUAAUUUCUCAAUUGAGGAGUUACAGUGGAGAUUCAGCUGAUAAUUUUGACAAAAAUAAGAUAGUGGAUGAAAUUAAUUUGAAAUUUGCUGAAGCAAGGGAGGAAAUUGAGGCAGCUAUGGAGUCUAAAGAGACUGUUUAUUUUAAUGAGGAAGCUGAGUGUGCUAGAGCUGCUGUUAAGGAAGUGUUGGACAUGUUUCACGGCUUGUUGGGGAGGUUGAAGGAUCAGGAGAGAGAAGCUUUGCAAAGGUCUAUGGGACUCAAGAUUGAGCAGCUUAAGGCUGAGCUUCAGCAGUUGGAUGAUUGAUUUCGAUUUGAUUUUCGAGGUUCGAGUUUUUUUUUUUCAUUUCUCAAUGACAGUCUUAAUUUUGUUGAGAUAAACAUUUUAGUGUUAGUUAUAUUGAGUAUAAUACUGCAAGGACUUAUUUCAGUAGCUGAGGAAAUUGUAGUAUGAUCCUCAUCUCUUAUGUUGCAGUUUUAAUAAGGAAUGUUGUGGAACAUAAACAGUUUUGUGCUGUAUAUCAUUGAUACAGAAUUGAUGAUGUUUAGUUUAACAGA